UGCCCUCUGCAGUGUAGUUUUGUCUAGAAAUGACACGCCAGUCCCUGGUCGGGCACGCGCCUCCGCGGACACCCGCAGAAUAUAAAGUGAGCUGCGCGCGCACGGGGCUCAACAGUGAUCCAGUAACGAGCGGCGGUGAGAGCAGCUCCGGAAAGUUGAGAGCGCCUGGUGAGGGCAGGAGAGAAAACACAGCGCGGGGUUAACAUGAGCUGCGGGAACUCUGCGCACCUGGCAGCGCUGGAAGUUUCUUUUCUCCAGGAGCGCAGGAGGUGAUGCGCCCUGCUGGACUCGAGUCGGGUCUGUUACCAGAGAGGAUGGCAGAGUUGGGGAACCAAAGCACCACGUCCUCAUGGAACCGGUCCGCUGGAGGACAGGACCGGUUCAGCAGCCUGGAUGACAUCGACGUGCCGGCGGACGGCUCCCCGGCGCUGCGCAUCGUCAUCUCCAUCGUGUACUCGGUGGUGUGCGCCGCCGGACUGGUCGGGAACCUGCUGGUGUUCUUCCUGAUGAAAGGGCGGCGGGGCAGGAAGAAACGCUCCAGCAUCAACCUGUUCAUCCUCAACUUGGCCGUGACGGACUUCCAGUUCGUGCUGACUCUGCCGUUCUGGGCGGUGGACACGGCUCUGGACUUCAGCUGGCCGUUUGGAAACGCGAUGUGCAAGAUCAUCCUCUCCGUGACGGUGAUGAACAUGUACGCCAGCGUGUUUUUCCUCACUGCCAUGAGCGUCACCCGGUACUGGUCGGUGGCCUCGGCGCUGAAGGACCGGACCCGGAGGCGGGUGUGCCCGGUGCGUUGGGUGAUCGCCGGUCUCUGGGUCUCCGCCACGGUGGCCUCUUUGCCCACCGCUAUUUUCUCCACGGUGAAGAGCGUGGCCGGGGAGAGGCUGUGUCUGCUGGGCUUCCCGGACGGCCAGUCGUGGCUGGCGCUGUACCCUCAGAAGAUCUUGGUAGCCUUCGUUUUCCCCAUGCUGAUUGUCACCGUGUGCUACCUGAUGCUGCUGCGCUUCGUCCGCCUGCGCAGCAUGAACAACAACCAGGUGAAGCGGAGGUCCAGAGUGACCCGCUCGGUGACCAUCGUCGUCCUCUCCUUCUUCAUCUGCUGGAUGCCCAACCACGCCAUCACCUUCUGGGGCGUCCUGGUGAAAUUCAACGUGGUCAACUGGGAUAAGACGUACUACAUGGUGCACACGUACGUCCACCCGGUGACCGUGUGCCUGGCGCACACCAACAGCUGCCUGAACCCGGUGCUGUACUGCCUCAUGCGCCGGGAGUUCAGGAAGAAGAUGAAGGAUCUGUUCUGGAGGAUUUCCUCGCCCACUGGGACGAACACCUGCCCCCUGAGACCGUUCUCUGGGACGGUGAGAGCGGAGCCCGACGACACGCAGGUUGUCAUCCCGCUGAACAACGUGGAGACGGAGAACUGCAGACUGUCUGUUUUAACGGACCAGUUAGACACCGAACCGCUGCAGAGGUAAACCACACUUUAAAGUAAAAAACACAAUAACAGAAAAUCUUUGAAACCAGCUGACAACAUCUGAGUGAUGACUGAUCUUUUAAAACUAUUCACUCAGAGAAACCCUGACUGUCCUCCUGAAUCCUGGCGAAUUGUCUCAGCUUUCCUCACAGCGACAUUGUUCUUUGUACUGUACGUGUUGCUGGAGUUUUGACAGCUUGUCUGUUAUUUUUAACAAAACACUGCACACAAGAUCAUAUUUGGCCUCAGUAUUUCGGAGAACGCCGUGCAAACUGUGCCAAAUCCAUCUCCCAUAUAAAACGAAGGACCGGACAACUAAUCACUGCUAUACCUGGCGUAUGAGAUGUUUCUGACUUUGCAUCAAAUGGAUUUGAUUAGAUUUUAUCGCAAUUUAAAUGUGUGAGACAUAAAAGGACAUGCAUUCACGCGUAAAUUGCGCACCAGGACGCGCGGUGCGUAAAAACCAACCAUCUGCGCUUUGACUGCUCUGAGUCCGACUGGGAUCUCACAUAACAGUUAUGCUGAUGUUGUUUAUUUGAUUUUGAAAAGCUUACUCUUUGUUUUUUCCUCUACUAUAAAUGAAGUGAAGGCUCAGUGUCUCAUCCAGUGCUGCCUCGCCCUCUAAAGUGCUCUCUGUGUAGACUUUAUGUUCCAAGCAGAGGAAUCCGGUCACAGUCCGGUCGCUGUGCUGCAGGGAGGAUCCGGCCCCGAUCAGACAGAGCGCGAGUGCCCUUUUUGUUGAAGUAUAGAAUUGGAAAAAGGAGCAGCUUGCUGAGUUUACACGAAGUACGAACACACAAAUCUGAUCUGAGUUGAAAACGAAGCUCUGUCUGAUCGGCUGCGCAGCAUCACUCUGUGGAGUAUUAUUAGUGUUUGUUGUGGCUGAUUUGUAAAAUGUACAAGCUUGAUUAAGUGAAUGUAAAACAAAUACUUGCCAAUACAACCUUAAAAACAAUGUUUGGAGAAUAAAAUAUUUCCUUUGUGUUGACAUUAAUCCAAGUGUUGGUGCUGUUUAAGGUUUGUGUUUAGAUGUGGAAACGGGGCUGUAGGCUGUGCUGCGUUCAGGGGUUCAGUCUGUGAGGCAGUGGAUCAGAUUUACUGGCAGAAAUGUAGGAAAUGAACUCCAGUGUUUACAUGCCAGCGGCCUCAGGGCUGCUCUGUCUGUGUGUGACUCCCUCUGCUGUGAAGAUAAUCCCAACAGCCUGGGGAUGACUUUUAUUUGAGACGAUGAAGAUAAAUGUUUAUUUUUAAAUGUUUAAGAUUUUUUUUUGUUUGCAUCAGAGCACUUAAAGGAGCAUAUUUUUGUGAAGGUCUUCUGUUCCCUCAAAGAUGUUUACUUUAGACAUUUUAAAGGUUAGAUUUAGUUUGAGCAGUUGAGUAUAAAUUUGUUUUAAUUCUAUAUAACAUCACUUCUUUUCUCAUGCACAUAGUUUACCUCACAGCUGAGCUCCAUUCUGAUUGGCUCGGUCCAAAUUUGUCCUUUCCAACCAGUUAUGAGGGUUUGAAGUGAGAAUCAUCCAAUCUGCAGACAAAAUUAGACGAGCUGCUGCUGUCAACCAAUCAGGGUCCAGAGCUUUAAAUAAUGACGUUAAUGUCAAAAAUUCACUUAAGUUACAAUAUUUGGAAAACAUUAAUAAGUAAACACCAACAAAUGAUUUUAAAAACUUGUUUUUAAAGCCUAUUUAGAGUAAUUUAGAAUAAUAUCAAAAUAUUUGCAGAUUAAUUUUUUAUCCACUCAUCAUUUAAUCGACUAAUCGUUGCAGCUCUAAAAAAAAAAAAAAA